AUGAAGAAAAAAUGUUCUAAAGUCAUUUACCUCUACCUUCUUCCUCACUAUCCAAUUCAGCAGGACUACCUGGACGAAGCAAACGGCAACACGCUACUGUCCAGCAGCAAUCCAGCAGCGUCACCUGGACUAACGGUAGCGGAACCAAUUGCGGCAACGGUAGACAACGAAACACUAAUCAUUCAAUCACCCUCGAACGAUGACCUCAGCCAGAGCCUUUCCGAGUAUACGGAUGCCGACGAAAGCAUUUCUGCCCCAACGGAGCUGCUGGCGGAGUUCUUGUCGGCGGUGAUGUUGCGUGAUUACAUCAAUGCACUUAAAUAUUGCAAACUGAUUUUGCAAUAUGAGCCUAACAACAGUACGGCCAGAGAUUUUUACCCACAUAUCCUGUCGAAGAUUGCUUCGGAAACAGUGGAACUGGAACAGACCUCAGGCGAAAGUGAUGAAAAUUACAACUUCAACUAUAACACAUCAUCUUCCAACUCGGAUGAUAUAAACAUCGACGAGGUGGUCAUGGUGUGUAGCAGCGACAGUGAUCAAUCCUCCGAUUGCAGCUCGUUUCUUGAUUAUUCGAACACGAGUAGCAGCGCCGUUAGCGACGAUGAUUUAAUGGACGAAAAGGUGCUGAACCAAAUAAACUGCAACAGUGCAUCGGACCAAUCGGAUCAACUGCCACCGUCACAGUCUGUUACCGACAACAACACCUCUCAUUCGUACUCUAGUCUUCUUUUGGAGGAGGAAGAGAAGGAUUUGACGCUGUCCGAUAUCUCCAAUUUGAACAUCGAAGAUGACGAAAAUGGAGAUGAUUCCGGGGACGGAGUAGUACACUCGCAUCUGUCUACAAAGGUUGAAAAUAAUCUUUCUGCUCAACAGUUGAAGCUUCAAAAUGCAUCUCAACAGGCAUCGUUGACCAAACAGACUCCGCCUCAAACGAGCAGUGCACCGCUUGCAUCCAAACUAGUCGCUUUGCUUCGAGCCAGAGUUAUACCUUCUAAGUCUUCUGGCAACGACUAA